CAGCAUCCAGUCCUCUGCAUCCAGUGCGCCUCGGAGACUCACACAGGCAGUCUCUCUCUCUCUCUUUCUCUCUCUCUCUCUCUCUCUCUCUCUUGCACUCUCUCUAUGUCUCUCACUCUUGUAGUCACAGCAGAGGAUAGAGGGAGAGACCGAAGCGCGAGAGCUCUUUUCAUCUUCUAUAUUUUUCCUAUUUUGUUCCUUUCGCUCGCGCCGCUGACUUUAUUCCGGCUCUUCCUUCUCUGAGAAAUUGUUAUAUCCCAGCAUCCAGCAAUCCGCCGUGCUCUGCGUAUAUUCUCUUUUGCCGUAGGAGUUCAGGUUGUCCCCCUCUUCAUCUAAAGGGUACUCCGAGGCUUUGAUCCUAGAGGACUGGGUUUGCGGGAUAUGGCCCAAUAGCAGCAGCACGUGAUGCCGGACCAUGACAGCGACUCCCUCCUGAACAGACAGACCAAGCGAAGACGUGUGGACAUUGGUGUUAAGAGGACCGUGGGCAGCACAGCCUCCUCCACAGCAGCAGCCACAACAACAACCACUGAUAACAUUGCCCGCGCCAAAGCAGCCAUUUUCAGUGCCAUGAACUCUCUGAGCUCCCACUCUCACCACGGAUCAGACACCGACUCCAUGGAGUGCUCUGUAGUGCAGCCACAUGGUGGACCUGGCGUUGUGUCAGCCAGCGACAGUGAGUCCAAGUCCAAUGUACUCCGAAAGCUACUGAAGAGGGCCAACUCAUACGAGGACACCAUGAUGCCCUUCCCUGGCACCACCAUUAUCUCCCAGCUUCUCAAGAAUAACAUGGCUAAAAAUGGAGGACCUGAGAGGGGAGAAAGAGGGGACAGGGGUGAUAGAGGGGAUAGGGGAGAUAGAGGGGAUAGGGGUGAUAGAGGGGAUGUUGGCUUCCCCGGAUCAGGGCUCUCCAAUGCAAGUUCAGAUGCUCCCCAGGAGGAUGCCUGCAGUAACUCCUCCCAUGAUAGCACCCCUCAAGAGUGCUUGUCACCCUUUGGUCGUCCUCCUGGCCUUGCCACCUUUGACAUUGAACGUCUCAAUGAUGAACACCUGCGUGCCAAGCGAGCCCGUGUAGAGAACAUUAUACGUGGUAUGAGCCACUCACCCAGUGUGGUGGUACCUGCUGCUUCCCGUCAUGAGCGUGAGCAUGAGAUGGAUCGAGACCGGGAGAUGGAUCUAGACUGCGCACCCCCUCAGUCUCAGCAGCAGGCCCCCAGCAGCCCACGGGGAGGCGAGGUGUGCAGCAGUAGCAGCAGAGAGAACAAGCGUAAGCAGCGUCUGCCUCAGCAGCAACAGCAGAGCUUCACCCAGCUGGUGUGCCAGAGGAAGGAACAAAAGCAGGAGGAGCGGCGGCAACUGAAGCUGCAGCUGGAGGACAUGCAGAAACAGCUACGCCAGCUGCAGGAGAAGUUCUUUCAGAUUUAUGACUCAACCGACGACUCAGAACACAAUGACCUCCACAAUGACAUAGGAAACAUGUCCGAGGACAGCCCAGCAAGGUCUGACACCGGUGGUGAUGACCGGGGUGGAGAUGACUUGCGCUCUGACAAUGAGAUGUCUGACCUGGACCCGGGCCAUUUCCUGGAUAGGGCGCGGGCGUUGCUUCAGGAGCAGGCCAUGCUGGCAGCUAGAGAGAAGCCAAGAAGAGAGGGGCUCAGCAGGAGCAAAGGACAGGGAGGUCCAGGAUCCUCCAUGCAUGCUGAAGGUAAACAGCUGGCAGAGACACUGAAGCAGGAACUCAAUUCAGCCAUGACCCAGGUGGUGGACACAGUGGUGAAGGUGUUUGCCAAGCCUCCACGCCCUACACCCCAGCAGGCCUUCCCCUCACUUUCCAUACCUCCUGAAAGAUUUCCCACCACUGUCAAUGGAGACAACCCCAACUUCCACACCACCAACCAGAGGCUGCAGUGCUUCGGUGAUGUCAUCAUUCCUAAUCCACUUGACUCCUUCACCAGCAUGCCCGGGAUGCCAGGUCCCACCAAUGACCAAACAGAGGCGAUACCCUUAGUCGUGAGGAAGACACCCAGUGAGCACCACCACCACCACCACCACCAGUCCUCAGCUGUGGGUGCCCAUGGCGGGCACCACCACCCCGUCCUUCACCCCUCCUCACUCUCUGCCUCCAUGGGCUUCAGCCCCCCAUCCUUUAGACACCCCUUUCCACUGCCUCUCAUGGGCUACCCGUUCCAGAGUCCCCUUGGCGGGCCCACAGGUGGCUACCCAGGCAAGGACCGUUCCUCUCCAGACUCCAUGGACCUGUCCCGGGAGACCACCAGCCUGAGGACCAAGAUGGCAUCAGGUCACCACAUGGGGCACCACCAUCGCUCUUGUUCACCAGCGCACCCUGGCAGCACAGCCGAGGGACUCUCCCUGUCCCUCAUCAAGUCUGAGUGCAGUGACCUCCAGGACAUGUCUGACAUCUCACCCUACUCAGGCAGCAAUAUCCAAGAGGGUCUCUCUCCCAAUCAUCUGAAGAAGGCCAAGCUCAUGUUUUUCUACACCCGCUACCCAAGCUCUAAUAUGCUCAAGAUGUUCUUCUCUGAUGUCAAGUUUAAUCGCUGCAUCACCUCCCAGCUGAUCAAGUGGUUCAGCAACUUCAGGGAGUUCUACUACAUCCAGAUGGAGAAGUUUGCUCGCCAGGCCAUCAACGAUGGAGUCACUGGAGUCGAGGAGUUGGGCGUCAGCCGCGACAGCGAGCUCUUCCGAGCCCUCAACAUGCACUACAACAAGGCCAAUGACUUUGAGGUCCCUGAACGCUUUCUGGAGGUGGCAGAGAUCACACUGAGGGAGUUCUUCAACGCCAUUGUGGCCGGCAAAGACGUGGACCCGUCCUGGAAGAAGGCGAUCUACAAGGUCAUCUGCAAACUGGACAGCGAAGUCCCAGAGAUUUUCAAGUCCCCCAACUGUCUCCAAGAGCUUCUACACGAGUAAAUUUCUCCUCCUCCUUUUCCUCCUCCUCGCUCGACGCUUUGCGCUUUUUUUAUUUUCUCUGAUUUCAUAGAAUUUCAAAAUAUUCUCUUUUGUUGUUUUUUCUUUUUUCCAAAACCUUUCUUUUGAUUUCCUGUUUUUUUCUUUGAAUGUAUGAAAGUUAUGAAGUAGCAUUCCCAAUCUGAAGCCUGUGGCAGUUCCUAAAUGACCUAGCUAUUGUGUUGUUGUUCUUAUAUGAUAAUUAUCAUGAUGGUUUUUAUUUGUUUUGUUUUUGUAUGAUUCUGAACUGAAGAGACUCUAAUCUUAUUGGGUGUUUUUUGGACCGUGUGAACCCUCAUCCGGUUGGCUUGUUUUAUGAUCAACACUAACAAAGUCCACAGUGUGUGGAAGACGUUCCCAUUUACACUACUAAGAACAUAGGCUGGGUUCCCUAAAGACUUUACUCAUGGCACCCUGGGGUGUCCCUCCAAUCCAGUGGGUGUCCAAAUGAACUGUCCCCUCAAAGUGGGCGCCCAAUAGACUGUGCUACUCAAGAUGUCCCCAACAGGACAGUCACACACAUGCACACAAAAACAAGGCCUAGUGAGGUUACUAACUGACUGGACUAAGACUGGACUUGUGGUACUGGUCUGUACUAGUCUGUGGGACUUGGACUGGUUUCCAAUAGCUACUGAGCUCUACCAUGUUUUGAAGUGUGUUUUCCCUGCAAGUAGGGCAUUGUGUUUAUUGGGUGUACAUUAUUAUUUUGAUUAUUAUUAUUAUUAUUAUUAUUAUUGUUGUUGUUUAGGAUUAUUAUUAUUUGUCAUCACUGCUUGCUGAAGAUUGGCACUUCGAGAUUUGUUUGUCCCUUGAUGCCGUUGCAGAAAAAAAUAAAUUAUUGCUAUUAAUAUUAUUCAAAGAGUUUAGAUUCUGAAAUAUGUUGCCCCCCAUUUCCCAUCCUUCUUCUUACUCCUGUCUUUGUUUGUCCAUCUCUGAAGUGGACUUUUUUGGAUAUUUUGUUGUUUUUUUGGUAGUUUGGAGCAACUUGCCUGGAAAGUGUUUCGAAUUUUGGGUUUUAAUGGAGAGCCAUCAGAGAAGGCUUCUCUAAUAUGCCUGUAGUGACUAGGCUAUCCUGCAGAGGACCAGUCCGGCAACGAUGCUGGAAAAGGAGUAAGGCUGCAGAAACACAUGAAGUAAAAAGUGCAGAAGUAUAUAAAUAUGCAGAAAACGUGUGGCCUUUUGGUGCGUGAUCUGCUGUUUUUAAAUGGCUAAUUUUCCGUAGCCACUCCAGCUUUGACAACUAAACUGCUCCCACUAAACGAGCCAUUUGUCCAGCUAUCAAAUACAUCUUAUUCGUUUAAUUAUGUCCCGGAUUGGUGAACAUAGACAAUAAUAACUGCAUAGUUUUUUGUCUUUUUAUAGCACUGUUCACUAAAUAGCUCAUGUGUGAGAUGAAGUCCACCUGUUUAUAUGGCAGGCUUUUAUUGUGAUUAGCCUGUACAAGGUGUAAAUGACAUUAUGAAGUUAUUUCAAUAGCAGUUGACACUUGAAUAUAUCAGAAUACUGUGGCAAUCUAAAGUACAGUGUCGCUGAAACAACAGAUAAUUGGAUACAUACGAAUAGAAGCAUUAGGAGGAGGAAGAUAAUUUAAGGAGGGCAAAGAGAGAGGGGACUAUAAGAUGAAACACAAGCGUUUAUUAAUUCUGCUUCAAGUGGAACAACACACACACGCACACACUGCUCCUUCCCUCCAUGUUCACCUGCCUUUGAGUGAUCUAGCUCCUCUCUCAACGCAACAAUACGAGGUCGGAGGUGAGCACUCACCCCGGGGGUAGAUGGAGAAGCUCUCAGCACUACAAAGAGCGGGGACAAAGGCACAGAGUGAGGAGCAACACGCACCUGAAACCCUCUGCUCUGUCCCUCCGUCCCAAACUGGCAGCUUUUAAGACCCAAAGUGUGAUUCUCUUGAAGCCACUGUGCCCAGUUUGUUAAACAGCAUUCCUUUCACUUUUACCUGAGAUUCCAAUCCCAGAUUUUCCACUUGAACUGUACAUGUAUAUCUACUGUUUCAUUCAUUUUAUCCGCCCUCUCAGGCUUUUAAGAAUUUUAAAAAGCAGUUAGUGUAAGCUGCCCUUUUGAUGAGGUAAGUUAAAGGAAUGAGAGGCCUUGAAUGCUUUCUAGAGUGCGUGCGAGCUAGCUGUUGGUCUCACCUUGGAUGACAUUAUCUUAUGGUGUGUGUGUGUGUGUGUGUGUGUGUGUGUGUGUGUGUGUGUGUGUGUGUGUGUUUGUGUCACAAAAGAUCAAAAGGGGCAGGUUGCUUAACCUGCUGACUUGUCUAAGCGAGACAAAGCGCCAGACAAAAGGAGGCAGAGAAAGACAGAGAGCUACUCCCUUCAUUAUGUCCCCCAUCUCCUCCUCCCCGAACAGUGUUCUUCUUAAGAUACGGGAGCCCUGAGAGAGCGAGCCGGACACAUUUCUCACUGAAGGAUGGGCUAGGCCCUGCAUGUCUCAGAGUCUCAAAGCACCAGCCAAAGGCUCUAAAGUGCCACAAACAAAGGAGAAAGGAAAGGACACUUUUAUCUGAUGCACAGAUUAUUAUCUCUCCGCACCCUCCCCCUUCCUGCAACCCCGCCCUAAAGUUAAAGAGUUCCUGCGCCUAAAAAGAUUAAUUCAGGAUAAUGAAGACUUAUGUGCAAAAAGGAUUAGCAAGACCUUAAAACCGCAUUGAAAAUAUUUUUGUCAAGUUUUCCUUUUCUGGGUCGUUUGAUUUUAAGGAUAACAUUAUUGAAAUACUUAUAUAGCCUUUUUUAAGAAUUGUAAAAGAUAAAUAUAUGGGAAAAAAAUAUAUACAGUAGUGGAAGUUCUUUGGAAGGCACUGUUAAAAUUGUUUCAUUAAUGAAAUCUUGAGGGUAUUUAUAGUGACAGCUUUGUUUAAAUCUGUAAUAUGAAUAAGUGAGUUGUUGGUAGAUUAGGAGCAAUAGUUGUAGGUUUUUUGCAGGUUUUGUGACCAGUUUUCCUUUGCUUUCUUUACCUUUUGUAUUGUGCUGAAUGGCUGUGCUCUUGAGAUCAGAAAAUAAACUUGGAAUCCGUUUUCAGAGAAUGAAAUGUUGCUACUGUAAAUACUGUCAGGAUGAAACAAAGAAUAACUGUACAGUUUUUCUAUUCUCACUCAGAGUGCGUAGAGAAGGGUGAAAGUGGUUUAAAAAAAGAAGGGUGACGAAAAGAGAGAUGACCCGCUCUCUCCAACCGGACUCAUAACCACUCUUCCAAAAACCCACAGAGGAGAAGUUUUUCUUGUUUUUUUUCCCUGCCAUGCCUUUAACGGGAGUCUGUUUCCCGUCGGCAGUGCCCUUGAAGUUGCACCAGCAUGCGUUUCUUUACUUUCCGCUGACAUCGAGAGAGAACGAUGCAUUAGGCUAGCGGUCGGGUAAUGAUGAUGUCACAGAGGGGCCCGUUGGCAGGACCCGGUCUCGUCCAAAAACAAGGGCAGACUGUAUCGUAGCUCUAGAUUUGACCCGGGAGAGAGACAGGAACUCAUUGUCAUCAGGAGACCAGUGUCAUGGAGGGGGCACAUCAUGUUGUACAGUUUAAAAAGAGACUGCAGACAGAAAAAAAUUAUUUAUACCCUUUUUUACCAGGUUCAAACAGUUGGGAAAAGUUUGGACUUUUGUGGAAUUUAUGUACGCUUUGCAUUUAGUGUGUGUGUGUGUGUGUGUGUGUGUAUAUGUAGAUGUAUAUGAGUGUGUGUCUGUGUGAGAGAAAAGACCGAUUAUGAGAACCUGUGAACCAGUGAGUGACACAAUUCUCAACACUGUGGCCCCUCCCCCACCCCUGGGAGUUGCAUCCUGACAUGUAAAUGAUUCUCAUUAAGCGUUGGCAACGUGUGUGUGUAUGUGUGCGUGUGUGUGUGUGUGUGUGUGUGUGUAUGUGUGUGCAUGUGUGUGUGCGUGUGUGCGUGUGUGUGUUGCGAUAAUUUCCUCUGAUCUGUUUUCUAACCUGUUUGAAAGGGGGUUUUGUUUCUCGAUGCUUUCAUUAGUAAUUCUUUUUUUUUGUUAUGACAUUGCUCCUCUUUUUUGUAAAUAUCAAUGAUGUGGACUUACAGUGAUAAAAUACUGCCUUUGUGUAACUUAGCAAUAUGUUAUGUAAAUAGUGUUUUGUUGAUGCUUUUUGUAUGACAUUAUUAUUCGAUUCUAGUGCAGUAAUUCCAACGGGAACAGCCAUGUUUCAAAUACAGUCUGAAGGGUUACACACAAGUUGUAAAAUAAAACUCUUGACAUGGCUGCUUUUU